AUCAGUUUCUCUAAAGAAGAAGCACUGAGUUUUGUACACAACAUUAAGGAGUUUAAUAUUUGUGAAAUUUCUUUUAAUAAGUGAAUUUUAUAAAAAAAACGAAUCGGUUAAUAUCAAAAUAUUGAUAAAUAUGCAUUAAAAUAAGUGCGCUUCAUUUGUGAGAGUGUUUUACAAAGUCUACGACAUUUUUCUGGCGUGAAGGAACUCGUGUGAAGAAAAACCCCAACCAACGACCAACGCAAACAUUAGCAGAAGGGGUAAAUAAGCAAAAAUGGCCACCAGCGAUAUCUCCAGCUCCAAUGAGCGCCACUAUUAUGCAAAGCUUGAAGCUAUCAAAGAUAUACGCGAUAAAACAAUUGCUUUGGAAAAGUUAAAAUUAAAAAUUAUCAAAGAAGUGAAAAUAAGUGAUGAUGAAGAAAAAUGUCUCGAUGAAUAUCGUAAGGAAAUGGAGCACCUGCUGGAAGAAAAAAUGUCACACGUCGAAGAAUUGAGGCAAAUACAUGCUGACAUAAACGAUAUGGAAAACAUUAUAAAACAAACAAAGGAAAAUCAAACUCGUUCCGUGGACAUGGCAAAUCGUGUAUAUGAAGAUUAUCUGGCACUGAAGUACCAAAUAGAUCAUAUGCGUCGCGACUAUUUAGGUUUAAGCCCACUACGUGAUUUACAUGAAGAAGAAGGUAGUCCAAUAUCAAAAGAUCGUUUUCAAACAAACUUUUUAAAGGUGAGCGCCGCUGCUGCGGCUGCUGUUGCUGCAGCACAACCCACGUCAUUGGCACGUCCGCACCCACGACACCCACUGCUGCCGGAAGCAACUGUUACUGCAUUGCCACCAACGGGCGGUGGUAAUGGACCCACUGGUGGGCAUGCGUUUAUGCCACCCGCUCCGCCUGGGUCAGGCAAUGCUGUCGCCGCUGCGGCAGCCGUACGUUUGGGUAAAAGCGACUUUUCUGCUCCACCGCCGCCACCUCCACCUUCAUCUCGUUUGCAGCAAUCGCCGGCAAUUGGCAUCGGACAUCAUCCAUCAUUCCGUUCAGAUUUCAACGUGAAUCUACGCCAACAACCGCCACCAAUGAAAUCAUGUCUAUCUUGUCACCAACAAAUACAUCGUAAUGCACCUAUUUGCCCAUUAUGCAAGGCUAAGUCUCGUUCUCGUAAUCCGAAGAAGCCGAAAAAGAAAAACAACUAAAAGCUAUUUCAAAUUGGAAAAUUUUACAAAUAAGUAAAAAAUUGAGCUUCUCCAAUACGAUAAGGGUAGAUCACAGCAAACAAUUAGCUAGUGCCAACAAUGACUGCAAUAAAAGCAACAUAUGUAUUAUUUAGAAUGAAGCAUUAAUAACUUAGUUAAGAAAUAAGCGCUAAAAUAGUGUUUAGAAAGUUUAAAAAUCCAUUUUAAUUUU